CUUCGAUAUUCUAUAAAUCUUCUCUUGUCCUCGACGCACUUUCUUAUCACUUCAUAGUAUAUAUAAUUCAAGAUGGCUACCAAUACUGAAAAAAAUCGAUCCCAUUGGGACGAGGCAGCAUCGACCUACAAUACAAAGUACAGCAAAACCAUCAACCAAAUAAUCAAGGAGAUCCAAACCCGCAAAGACUGGAUCGGCGUCGACUGGGCCGAGGAUGUCUCCGACGACGAGAACACCUCUUCCUCUGUCCCAAAGAAGACCGUAAGACUACUAGACUACGCAUGCGGAACCGGUCUCGUAUCACGUGCACUCGCACCCUACGUUACUCAAUGCAUCGGAAUCGACCUAACAGAAGGCAUGGUAAACGAAUACAACACCUCGGCCCAGAACCAAGGCAUCCCAGCGACCGAAAUUCACGCCUACCAAGGGAACCUCAUUGACCCCUCUCAACCAACCCCCGCUGCCCUCUCGGGAAAAGAAUUCUUCGAUUUCGAUAUCGCGGUCGUGGGCCUCGGGUUCCAUCAUUUUGAUCAGCCAGCUCUAGCAGCGAAGAGGCUCGCAGAGAGACUGAAGCAGGGGGGUGUGCUGAUGAUUGUGGAGUUUAUGCCUCAUGAGCAUUUCCAUGGGCAUAACGCUGCGAAGACGGUUACCCAUAUGGGGUUCUCUGAAGAGGAGGUGAAGAAAAUGUUUGAGGAGGCGGGUUGUGGGGGUGAUUUCAGGUAUUUGGAGGUUGGAAAGGGUAAGAUUGCGUUUGGAGAAGGGCAGGAUAAGGUAGAGAGAAGUGUCUUUUUUGCUAGAGGGUCUAAGCUUUGAUGGGUGACUGCGUCUUCAUAUUCCCGAUCUAGAAUGCUCUACAUCUAAUUAUGAAUUAUUUGGCUCUUGG